CGCCGGCCCCGCCCCCGCGCUCUCGCGCGCUUGGCGGCGCUCUCGCGAGACUUCCCAACAUGGCGCCGGCGGGCAGCGCGAACCUGCCGUGGGUGGAGAAGUACCGUCCGCAGGCGCUGUCCGAGCUGGUGUCGCACCGGGACAUCCUCAGCACCGUGCAGCGCUUCAUCAGCGAGGACCGGCUCCCCCAUCUGCUCCUCUAUGGGCCGCCCGGGACCGGGAAGACAUCCACCAUCCUGGCCUGUGCCCGGCAGCUCUACCGGGAGCGGGAGUUCGGCUCCAUGGUGCUGGAGCUCAACGCCUCCGAUGACCGGGGCAUUGACAUCGUGCGAGGGCCCAUCCUGAGCUUCGCCAGCACCAGGACCAUCUUUAAGAAAGGCUUCAAGCUGGUCAUCCUGGAUGAAGCUGAUGCCAUGACCCAGGAUGCUCAGAACGCCCUGAGGAGAGUGAUCGAGAAGUUCACAGAAAACACCCGGUUCUGCCUCAUCUGCAACUACCUGUCCAAGAUCAUUCCCGCCCUGCAGUCCCGCUGCACCCGCUUCCGCUUCGGCCCCCUGACCCCGGAGCUGAUGGUGCCGCGGCUCCAGCACGUCAUCCAGGAGGAGGGGGUGGACGUGACCGAGGACGGGAUGAAGGCUCUGGUGACCCUCUCGAGCGGGGACAUGCGCAGGGCCCUCAAUAUCUUGCAGAGCACCUCCAUGGCCUUUGGGAAGGUGACAGAGGAGAACGUCUACACCUGCACGGGACAUCCCCUCAAGUCUGACAUCGCCAACAUCCUCGACUGGAUGCUGAACCAGGAUUUUUCCACAGCCUACCGCAAAAUCAUGGAGCUGAAGACGCUGAAGGGCCUGGCCCUGCAGGACAUCCUCACUGAGAUCCAUCUCUUCGUGCACAGAGUCGACUUCCCCCCCUCCAUCCGCAUCCAGCUGCUGAUCAAGCUGGCAGACAUCGAGUACCGCCUGGCCGCUGGCACCAGCGAGAAGAUCCAGCUGAGCUCCCUCAUCGCCGCCUUCCAGGUCACCAGGGACCUGGUGGUGGCUGAAGCCUGAUCCUGCCAGGUGGAUCUGCUGCUGGAUUUGGGAAGGACCGUCAGCCCCAUGCCUGGAGCUGCUCCCUGCAGCUUCCCGGUUCCUUUUUGGAAGCCUUGAAUGACCAGUAAGGGUAAAAAGGUUGUUAAAAGGUAGCAUUAUUCCCAAUGGGAAAAUACAGGUGCCUCCAAAGCCCA